UCAUGAGAGCCGUUUGGUUGAUCGCAGGACAGGAAGUAACACUAUUACAAAUCAAGACAGAGUUUGGAGGUCAAAGGCAACUUCCUUAAAAGUGGGUAAUAGCAAAGCACUACUGGGAGCUGCAAGGACUGUUAAUUGGCUGAUUAAUCAACCGGAAUCCACUGAACCAAGGAACCUGAUUCAAAAUAAAAGGACAAAGUUUGCAAGGUCAUCUGAUUAAGUCUUUAUGAGGAGAGACGAACAUGCUGGUGCUACAAGUGCAUUUAUGUGUUUAUGCAGUUUGUGGAUUGUGCAUUAAAACCUUUUUUUAAACAAACCUCGUAUUUUCCAUUUUCUGAAGGACCUACAAGGUGGAUUCUUGUUACAAUUUUGGUGCUUCUGCUUCACUUUUUUGUUUAUUGGUCAUUUUUUGUGAAGAAAGGAGAUGGAGAAAGUUAAUCUGCCCAAGGAAGCAAGGGGCAGGACGAGGUGGGCCAGACGCGAAAGCUGAUAGGCCAAUUGACCGAAUUGAUUGACUUGUUGAUGCCAUUGAGCCAAUCCAUGGUUUCACUUUGUACAAAUGUCCUGAAGCAACACCCACCUGAAGGAGGAAGUAGUAAGCAGCCGAGACUGCUUGAGAACAAUGGUGGAGGUGGUGUAUUUGGUGUACGGAAUGAAAUGAACGGACGAGAAGGCGUUUCGGAGUUAACUUUUAAUGCUGAGCAAACUCCUGGGGUUCUAAGGGGAGCGAAUAAAGUACAAAUUCCUGUGAAUGUUGACUCGUCGCAAAUUACACCUGGGCAAUGUCAGCAGCCUGGGAAAGAAAGAAUGGCAGGUACAAACUUUAAAAGAAAUUUAAAAGAAACUAGAGACUGGCUGCAAAUGAAAUAUUCUUUUAAAACGAAUGAGAAUGUAAAUGUGCAACCCAUUGUUAAUGAUUCCUUUAAUGUAAAACUAAACAAUAUGUCAAAACUAAUGUUGAGGUACAGAACUUGGAUAUUGAAAACAGUUAUUUGGGAAAAUGUAUUGCAAAGGGAAUUGUACCUAAGGGUUUACGAGUAUGGAAAUAUCCAAACAAUGUUCAUGCUGGCACUUUAUUUCAUAACAAAUUGCUAGAAGUUUUUAAUAACUGUGGCAUAGAAAUUUUAAAAACUAUCAUAAAAGAAAAUAUUAGGAACAAAGAUGAAAUACAUAAGGAAAUUGAUGUAUUGGACCAGAGUAUUAAAGAUGACCUAGUAUUCAUUACUAAAGAAGAGAAUGAGAGGUAUUUUAAUAUAAGAAAUGACAUUGAUAAGAAAUGUAAUGAGAUUGUACAAAGAAAGAUAAGAAAGCUCGAGCAUGAUUGUAAGGAGUAUAAAAACAACACAUGCUAUCCAAAGCCAAGAAGCUAUAGACAAGAUGAUGUUUUUUACUCUAACAAGCAGGUGAAUGAAGUUAAUGAAGAAAAUCAAAACUAUACAGGUGAUGAUGGGGAUAUUGAAAUGGGGGAUUAUGGGAAUGGGGAUGAGUACCCACCACUACGUAGGUCUGAAAGACUCAUGAAAAAGAAUGAGUACCAACAGUCACAUUUUUACUGGAGGGGGGGGGAUACUAAGGAGUGAUGGUAUACCCCCCACCCAAACCAAGCAUGACAAAAACAGGUAGAUGGUAACAAAUAUUUAUUCGAUGGUUUUUGUAUUUACAAUUUCAGCAAUGAAAUACUUAAUAAAGAACAUUUUAGUUUAUUAUCCAGGGGACUAAAAUUCAUUCCUUAUAGGAAGGGUGACCUUACAAAAACAUUUAAUGGACAUAAAAAUGUUCAUUAGAAAAGUAAACCUAGGCCUGGUUUUACCUGCAAUUUCAAGUGAGUCUGAACAGGGAUUGAGGUGAAAGAGUACAUACAAUCCACCAUUUCACCCUCAGCUAAGGAAUUUGGAGAGGGUUAUUGAAAAAGAGUUAAGAAUGGAAUAUAGUAAAAUCAAAUAUAGACCCAAUCUAUUUAGGAAAGAGAAUACUAUACUUAAGGAAUUACAAGCUAACCCCGACAUACGAGUUAUGAAGCCAGAUAAAGAAGGAGGUGUAGUAAUAAUGGAUAAUAUAACCUAUAAAGGUAAAAUGAAUCAUAUUUUGAUGGAUGAAGUGACUUAUUCCAGUGUGUCUAACAAUGAGGUUAAUAUAGCCUAUAAAAGGAUAGACAAUGUUUUGGAAGAUCUGUAUAUGGAAGGCCUAAUUGAUGAAAAAACACUUAGAUUUUUAAGGGUAGACAAACCAAGAUUGCCAUCCAUAUUCAAAAUACCCAAGACACACGAGAAUGAGAAAGAUCCCCCCUUAAGGCCUAUAGUGUCGGCAGAAGAGUCUAAGACGCUCCCCUUGGCUAAAUAUGUAGAUAAUAAACUUAAACAGUUAUGGGUCAACAGAAAGGCCAUUUUAAAAGAUUCUUGGGACUUUUUGAAGGAAAUUACCCCAGAAUUGUUUCAUGAUGAAUUAACCUUCAUUACUAUAGACAUAAAUAAUUUAUUUUCAAGCAUUCCCUACCGGGAAGGAAUGGAUUUAUUUGAAGACAUUUUAUUUGAAGAUACUGAUUUAACCCACAGUGAGAAGCUAGUUUGUAUUAGUUUAAUGGAAUUGGUCUUAAAGUACAAUUUCUUUUUUUUCAAAGGUGAAUUUUACCAGCAAAUGCAAGAUGUGGCAAUGGGGGCAGCUUGUGCCCCAACAUAUGCCAACCUUGUUCUAGCUAAGUGGGAGGAAGAAUAUAUAUUAAAUUCCGAGUUUGCUACUAAUUGGACAGUUUAUAAGAGGUUUUUAGACAACAUAGUAAUUUUUUGGAAAGGGACUGGAGAGUUAUUUGAUGAAUUCUUGGUUUAUAUGAAGAAUACCACAAAAUUUUUGGAAUUCACUUACACACUAUCCAGGGACUGUUUGCAAUAUUUAGAUGUGGAAAUAUAUAAGGCAGACGGUAAAUUUGAGUCCAGGGUAUUUAGAAAGCCUACCUUUUGUAACUCAUUUCUUCAUUAUAGAAGUGCACAUCCCCCACAUUGCAAAAGGAACAUAGUUAAGGGUCAGUAUGUCUGUGGUAGCCGAAUGACUACUUCAAGUUAUGAUUUUAACAAAGAAUGUGGAUUGUUAAAAGAAUUUUUCUUGGAAAGGGGUUACCCACUGGACCUGGUGGGGGGGGGGGGGUUGAGGUAGAAGUAAUGGCUGGGAGAUCUACCAAAUAUAGACCCAUUCUAGGACAGAAUGAAAUAAUGCACAAUGAUGCAGGGGAAGAACAUGAUGGUAAUUACAAUGGAGCUAUGGUAUUAGAGUACAAUGCUCUUAAUGGAACAACAAAGAGAAUUAUUAAAUCUGAAUGGGAAAUGUUUGUAACCAUUUCAGACUUGGAAAAGUUUCCCAAUAGCCCUCUGAAAUUUGUAUACAAGAACUCACCUAGUUUGAAAAGCAUUCUUAAACAUGGUGGUAAAAACAAGGCAGGAAACAGGAAGAGAGUGGGGACUUACAAAUGCGGCCUUUGUUCCCAAUGUGCAAGUAUAGCUAACACUGACAAACUUUUUAUUGAGGCUAGGAAUAGGUGGGUAUGCAGCCCUGGGUACUUUAAUUGUGAAGCCAUGGGGUUAGUAUAUCUUGCUUUGUGUGUUGAGUGCAGAUCCUUCUAUGUAGGUAAAACCGAACGUAGACUCAAGAGAAGGAUUUAUGAACAUAAAUAUGACAUUUUGAAAAAAAGGAGACCAAUGCUUUAUAUAAACACACGAAAGUUUGUUUAAAAGCUAACUUUAUUAUUUUAGUCUUGAAACAAAUAUCAAAAGAAAUCAGGGGUGGAUUAUGGGAGGAGAGAAUAGAGUUCAGGGAACUUUGGUGGCAAGUAACGCUGGAAGCAUCAAGCCCCCCUGGUUUAAAUGAUUUUAUAUCUAUUGUUCCAUUAUUAAAACUGAGAUCUGCCAAACUAUAAUUUUCAUUUAAGACACAGUUCCUAAUAAAGCCACUAGAAGGUACAAUAAUGUUGUUUUCUACAUCACCUGAUUAAGUUAAAUUGUUUUUAUUAACAUUUUUAUAUUUUUAUAUUA